UGUGCGUGUGCGUGUGCGCGUGCGUGUGUGUGUGUGUGUUUCUUAGAGGGGAGGGAUUGUCUUUCCAUGAUUUGGACAGAUCAUGAGUCAGUCCGGGCACCGAUGAUAUAAUGACCAGUUUAAUUAAUAUAUAUAUAUGUAUAUAUAUAAAGUUUUUCAUAAAAUUAAAAAGAGCACUUUUACAUGUAUAAACCACAUCAUCAAUUUGAUUUAAAACAUAUUAAAACAUCCAUUCCUGCCAGAGAUGGGAUCUGCCAAAACACGCAUCUGAAAAUACACAUGGGAGUGCGCAAAAUCACCUAAAAAUAGGAUGUAUCGUUACAAUGUCUGGUGACCUUGACCUCCAUCUAAGACUACAGAAACUACAGCUUGCAGAGACUGCAGCCUUCUCGGUUGAUUCUCUCGAGGCGGAAUACGUUCUUGCUGUAGCAGCACAGAAUGGGGUGGACAACACUUCAUUGAUUGCUGCAACAAGCAGUGAUUACAACAUACGUAUCUUCACAGAAAACAACCUAGCCAACAUUGGUGCAAUAAAAGGACACACAGAUGUCAUAUCAGGCGUGGUGUUCGCAAAAGAACAGCAAAGUCUCUUGUUUUCAUCUUCCCAUGACCACACUGUCAGGUGUUGGGACACUCGAACAGGAUAUAAUAAAGAAGUCCAGUCUUUUCAAGGACAUGAAGCCCUGGCCAAUGUUUUCACCAGCAUUGAUGUAAAUUCUGAUGACAGACUCGUGUGUGCUGGGACAGAGGCAGCUGAUCAUGAUGUCAACAUUUUGUUUUGGGACCGAAGAAAGACAACUCUGCUAGGAUGUUACAGUGAAUCGCAUCAAGAUGACAUCACACAGGUGUGUUUCCACCCGGCGAAGCCCAACUGUCUGGGCACGUGUUCGACGGACGGGCUUGUGUGUGUGUUCGACAUCAACAAGACGAGUGAGGACGACGCUCUGAUGCUGACACUCAAUGCAGAAUCCUCUGUGGAUAGAAUUGGAUGGUGUGGAUCAGAAGUCUCUAGCGUGUAUUGUUUGACAGACAUUGGUACCUUUCACAUAUGGGAUUCUCAGGAGGGUGACAGUUUGCAGUCACGGAGUGAUAUCAAAGAAUCACUAUUGGAAGACUGUUCUGUUGAUUACCUAGUAGACUGUGUUCCUGUUAACUCGGAGUCAUCACCUUUACUUGUGGCUGGAACAAACAGCGGAGUAGUACGCAUACUGGACCUGUCACACAAUGACAUUAAGACUGUCACGUCACUUUCAGGAGGUCAUCGAGACAAAAUCCGUUGCUGUCACUGGAAUUCACAGUCUGAGAGACUUGUGACGGGUGGUGAAGAUUCUCUGCUGUGUCAGUGGUCUCUUAGUGAGGGAGCACAGACAGAGAAGACACCUAAUGAGAAUAAAAUGAAGGCCAAAAAGAAAACUCCAAAAAGAGGAACUCCUUAUUGAAAUAACUGGUGUUAUAAAUAUUUGGACAGACUACUGUUGUCAUGGCAACAUGUGCUUUCAUGAUGGCUGUCAUGUACUAUUUGUAUAGAAUAUCACAAAUUGAAGUGACUUUAGUUGCUCACAUUGAUGUCCCUGAAGGACAUCCAUAAUUAUACUGUGAAAUGUUUUGUUGAAGGCGGAAUCAAUACCCAAUGGAUUCUUGGUUAUGCUCAUGAAUCUGUAUUUAUUGCAGUCACGUUGUGGCUUGUUACAGGGUUUCCGUUCAGUCAACCUUUAAAACAAAACAUUUCCUGUGCUGUUAGCGAAUUGUCCAGGCAUAUGUUCAUGUAUUUAUGCACGGGGAGGUCUAGACUGGCGAACGAUUGAGAUUACACUUUAAACAGAUAGUUUCAUUUCUUUCUAUUACUGGAUUAUAUCUGCCUUUCUGUACUUUUAAUUUAUGUGACAAACACCUAAAUUUAGAAACAGUUCUUAAGAGAUCUUUAUAUUGUGACAAAUAUAAUAUAUACUUUUCUGUUUCUAAAAGAGAUUCAUAAGAAGAAUAUGCCUUUAAAAAAUAAGAAGAGUUAAUUUUAUCAUGCCAGUGUUGAAAAAAAUGUCUUUACAUCUCUGUACAAAGCUGAACAUAAGUAACUUGAUACUGCCACAUUCUUGAGCAAUCCAAACAUAAGAAAACCCUGUUUGAAACAACAAUGUUCUUACAUGUGAUACCCAAUUAAUUGUACCAGUUUCAUCACGACAUUUCAACAUAUCAUAACAAGCUUUGGGAUAUCUGGAUGAAUCCAUAUAUAACAAUUUACACCAAGUAUUUCACACAUAAUGAUUUCUACGUAUUUCCCCAAGUACAGCAUUUGAUGAUACUCUCUUUGAAACUCCUAAAAACCUUUUUAGUAAAUUACUUUGUACUUUUUCAAUAGAUUCUCGGUAAGUAAAUCCCCAUAUUUCAGAGCCAUAUAAUAAAACAGGAACUAUUUUAGUAUGAAAUAUAUUGUGGACAACACUAUAUGAUAAUGUAGGGUAUUUCUUUAAUAAAGUAAAAAUGGGAAAA